AUGCUGGGCUUGGCUGUAGAUUUGGCAGUUGUUGUGUCUUUGCCCGUGAGAACCUUAUCAGAGUUGCCUGGCAACGUCAGGGGGCGGUGGCGGGGGGCGGCGGCGACGGCGGGGCUGGUGCUGCUCUACUACGCCUUCUCCAUCGGCAUCACCUUCUACAACAAGUGGAUCAUGAAGAGCUUCGGCUUCCCGCUCUUCAUGACGCUGCUGCACCUGCUGGUCAUCUUCGCCCUCAGCGGGGCGGCGCGGGCACUACGCGGGCGCGGCGCCCCCCGACGCCCCCCCCACCCCGCCGCAGCCCCCCACCGGCGCCCGCGGGGCCCGCUCCUGCCCUGGCCCGCCUACCUGCGCAGGGUGGCGCCCGCAGCGCUUUCGACCGCCCUGGACGUGGGGCUCAGCAACUGGAGCUUCCUCUACAUCACCAUCUCCCUCUACACCAUGACAAAGUCCUCGGCCGUCCUCUUUAUCCUGUUCUUCUCGCUGGUCUUCAAGCUGGAGGAGCCGAGGGCGGCACUGGUGCUGGUGGUGCUGCUGGUGGCCGGCGGGCUCUUCCUCUUCACCUACCGGGCGACGCAGUUCGAGGCAGAGGGCUUCCUGCUGGUGCUGGGCGCCUCCUUCCUGGGCGGCGUCCGCUGGACCCUCACUCAGAUGCUCCUGCAGAAGGAGGAACUGGGGCUGCAGAAUCCCAUCGACACCAUGUUCCACCUGCAGCCGCUCAUGUUCCUCGGCCUCUUCCCGCUCUUUGCUGCUUUCGAAGGCCUGCCCUUGUCCUCGUCGGAGAAGCUGUUCCGUUUCCAGGAGGCGGAGAUGCUUCUGGGCCUCCUGGGCAAGCUGGCCCUUGGCGGGGUUCUGGCGUUUGGGCUGGGCUUCUCGGAGUUCCUAUUGGUGUCAAGAACGUCCAGCCUUGCCCUGUCCAUCUCUGGAAUUUUCAAGGAGGUCUGCACGCUGCUGCUGGCCACGCAGCUCCUGGGGGACCAUCUCAGCCUGCUGAACUGGUGUGGCUUUGCCGUCUGCCUCCUGGGGAUCUCCCUGCACGUGGCACUGAAGGCCCUCGGGGCAAAAGGAUCCCGGGGGACGAAGCCACACAAGGAGCCCGGCUCCAGCUCUGACCUGGAGCUGCUCCUGCUGCAUCAUCGGGAGGAGCAGGAAGAGGAGCGUUCUGUCCAGCGCUGA